AUGAACAUUGUAGAGGAUCACACUUCACGUAGACCUCGGUCAACUCCGGAAAAAAUGGAAUUUCAAUAUGUGACAACCACAAGUUUUGCUAUAGCAUUCGAACUGGUAGUUGGAGACGCUGAGUUGGAUCCAAUAGAAGGAUACCAGGCUCUCAUCGCCGGUAUGAAAAUUUCUCAACCCCCAUUGCGCCGUACGUUGAUUCGUCGUACCUGGACCGAAGGCAUCGUUGAUAUCCGGGGCCGUUUCCGUUGCACUCCUGCUCAACUUGAAUUGGAAAAGAAAAAUCGUGCGGAUCUGUCGUUUGUCCAUGCUUUCCAUCUCUACGAUAACUCGGACCAUAACGUUCCAAUAAUUGAAGAAACAAUUCCGCUGGACAUGCUUAUGACGCGAGGAGGCGAGGGUAUCAUACAGGCUUAUGGUCUCGAACCAGGAACCACGUAUACAGCCUCGGUGCGUUGUUACAAUAAUUUCGGUUCUGCUGCUGUGGGAAUAAAUGGAACUUUGACGACUUUGAAACAACUACCCAAGUACUCCUAUCAACAUCAGGAACUUUCACUUAUUUCGAUAAGUGUGAAUCCGAUACCUGGACGUUUUAUGGUGCUAACUUGCACGACUUUGGACAAAAACCAUGAGUCGUUGUACAAGGACAUAGCACAUAAACGACAAACGGUGGCAGAGAUAAAAGAACAAGUGAAACAUUUGGAAGAAGCCGUAGAAAAACGAAAACUACUGAAGAGAGAUCUUUUGAUGCAGCGUGAUCUUUUGGAAAGAAGAGUUAGCAUUCUGAAAAGGGAAUUGGAAAUAAGAUUCGGUAAGUUGGAUUUCUAA